AUGUUGAAGAAGGUAAGUCACUCGAAAGAACAAUUGAAAAGAGGCGCUUGGACGGAGAGUGAAGAUGCGAUAUUAAGAGAUUAUGUUAAACUUAAUGGUGAAGGAAAGUGGAACAGAAUUCCAAAAGAGACGAGUAUAAAGAGAUGCGGAAAAAGUUGCAGACUUCGAUGGCUCAAAUAUCUUAGGCCUGAUAUUAAGAGAGGAAAUAUCAGCGAGGACGAGAGAGAUCUCAUUAUUAGACUUCAUAAACUUCUUGGAAAUAGGUGGUCCUUAAUAGCUGGACGACUUCCAGGACGAACUGACAACGAGAUAAAGAAUUAUUGGAACACUUAUAUUGCAAAAAAGGUGCAAAUAACCAAACAUAAUCCUCAACCAAUUCCAAACAAAAGCGGGUCCAAUUCUACAAUCCUAACAACAUCAUCGUUAUCAUCGUCUUCAUCAAGAUGCGAUGCGGAACCACGUCAAGAGCAAGUCAAUGGUAGUAUCCAACAAUUCUCUAACUUUGUUGAAGAACAACAUCCGGUGGGGCAAAGCCACUCAUCUGGUUCAUCAUCUUUAGAUUGCGGAAAAGGUGAUGACAACAAUCGCGAUCAUGCUCGAAGCCCAUUGUCGGAUGCCUUGUCGAUGAUGAACAAUGAGUUCUUGUUGGAUAUUUCGCAAGAAUUAAGGUUUGAGCUUCAAGGUGAUGAUCAAAUGAUUAAUGGCGGUUGUGGUUCAUCUUCUUAUGAUCCUUUAAUGUUUUGGGAAGAAUUAGAAACCUUCUUUGACUCAGAUGCUGUUGUUCAAAUGUCAACCACUCCUCAUUACUGA